GAGCAAUGCAAGCUUUUACAAAACAUAUUUUUAGGAGAAUAGCAUUAGCCCCCUCUCCUUUUUUUGCUUUCUCAUCUAAAAAGGAUUUGUAUGGUAAUUCUCUAUUUAAACAUUUAGAAUUAUUGGGAGUACCUAGAAAUGCAUCCUAAAAUGAUAUUAAAAAAGCCUAUUAUGGUUUAGCAAAGAAGUAUCAUCCUGAUGCAAAUCCAUCAAAGGAUGCAAAAGAGAAGUUUGCUGAAAUAAAUAAGUAAGAAUUAUCUUUUCUAAUUUAAGUGCAUAUGAAACAUUGUCUGAUGAGAAUAAAAGAAGAGUUUAUGAUUAAGUAGGAAUGACAGGGGAUGAACAAUAAUAGGCUGGAGCUUAGGAUCCUUUUGCAGCCUAUAGUAGUUUCUUUAGAUAAGGAGCAAGAGGAGGGAGAGCAUAAGAUUUUGAAUUCGAUGAAUCAAUAUUUGGUGAUUUUGCAUCCUUUUUUAAUAUGGGAGCAGAAGGUGAAAGAACUUUAAAAGGAGCUGAUAUUCAUGUGCAAUUGGAAGUUUCAUUUAUGGAUAGUGUUUAAGGAUCUCAAUAGACAAUUUAAUUUGAGAAAGUAGGUACUUGUACUACUUGUAAUGGUACAAAAUGUAAACCUGGAACUGCACCUGGAAGAUGUACAAAUUGUGGUGGAAGAGGGUCAAUUAAUUAUAGAUAGGGAAGUAUGACAAUUUAGAUGGCAUGUAGUAAAUGCAGAGGAACAGGGAUAUCAAUUUAAAAUCCAUGUAUUCAUUUUAUUUAAUUAUUUUUAAAGGUACAUCUUGUAAAGGAAUGGGUAUUUAAAAAUAAUCUACAACUGAAACUCUUAAUAUACCAAAAGGAAUAGCUGAUGGUUAAAAUCUAAGAAUAACUGGCAAAGGAAAUGUUGGAGAAAAUGGAGGAAAAUCAGGGGAUCUCAUUGUAAAGGUAUCCGUCAAACCUGAUCCAUAUUAUAAAAGAGAUGGUUAUGAUUUAAUUACAAAUACUUAUAUUUCUAUUGCUUAAGCUGUUUUAGGAGAUACAAUUAAAGUUAAAACCUUGAAUGGAGAUAAACAAGUCUCUAUUAAACCAGGAUGUUAGGAUGGAGAGAAAAUGAGACUGAGUGGCUUAGUAUAUGAUAUUUUAAAAUAUUAUAGGGUAUUAACAAAUUGGCACCCAACUAAAAUUAAAAAGGUGAUUAAGUCUUAAAUUUUAAAAUAUAAAUACCAACCAAAUUAAGUGAUAAAUAAAGAGAGAUAUUCUAAGAAUUAGCUAAAGUAUUUAAUGUUACUUAUAUUUAUAGUUGGAAAAAACAUAAUCUUAAGAUCAUGUAUCAUAAUAAUAGGAUGGAGUCUUUGAUAAAGUUAAGAAUGUUUUCCAUAAAUGAGAUUGUUAAAUUGUUUAUAAAGA